UUCAAUACAGAGAGACAGAUAUGGGGGUAUAGUGCUUCUGAGAAGCUUGCACUUCUCUUCGAACGUCGAACCAGCAUGCCAUAAGUAAAGCGAUCGGAUAAAGUGCCUGACCGCUAACGAGGGUAUAGUCUGAAGGAGAUUCAACGCUGCAGAUAGAACGAGUUUUUCUUUUGCCCUAAUGCUGACGACGAUUCGCUCGUAGGAAAGGACUGACAACUUCGUCCUGUAUUCGCCGGUGCAACUUGAUAAGAGAAUCGAGAUAAGAUUAAUGCUGAGUUCAUUGUCCUAAUGGUGUAAGCUUAAGUCAAAAGUUGACCUUUCUGGACACGAGUCAUCAGAUCAGGACGGGAAUUCGCGCCCUCUCGCUCCUGUGCAUUGACGUUUCUCUAGUCGACGACAUCCGGAGGCCUGCCCUGGCCAUGAGUGUAGUGACGGCGAUUGCAACACAUCCGUGGCACUGGCGCUGAAAGCAGUCAUUGUGGCGUGGGAGAGAUCGGGCGCUGUUGCACUUUCGCGUAGUAAGGUUGCCUCCAUACAGAUCGCACGCACUAACACCACGUCACCCGGCUCUCUCGCGCACUCAGCAAAAGACCCCGAGGCAAGCGUCAGAUGAGCUGUGUACUCAGGUCACGGCGAUGGACGAGCAUGUCAGUGUGGGCGGGCUGAAGAUGGCAAAACUUGAAGCUUGAUAGCUCCAUCAGCAGUGUUACGACCAAAGCACCGUCCGACGUUUUCUUGAGAUCCUUUGCACGUACAUCACAUGAUCCAUGGUGUGUGUAGGAUGAGGCAGUAUUCGCGACCAAAAUGCAGGUGAAACAAUUCGUUCGCCAGAAGCAACUGACCUGUGCGUAGCAUACGACCCUAGGUCGUAUCGCGCGUCCAUCCCUUCUUCGGCCUAACAGCCAGUUCCGUGUCCUAUUCGGAGGCCUACUUGGCCUUCGAGUCGGGCUGUUGUGAGUUCCUGCUCAAGGACGGCGAAUGUUGCGUCGUGGAUGGGGAAGAAUGGAAGACAAUACUCAAGCCAUAUGCGCCACGGGAAGUCGGUAUAGAACAUAGGAGGGCGGUUAUUGUAAGCGGCCUUGUCGUCCCAGGGUAACAGGGCGGCUGAGACUGGAAAGAAGAAGGGUCCGUUGGCGCGGAGCUAGGGAAGCCCGAGACGAGUUCAACGAGUAAAACGCGCAAGCAUGACGCAGAUCGGCCAAAAUGAAUCACGCAGGACUAGCAUCCGGGUCCGAUGGUGGGAUUGGCUCAGAGCCAGAAUGCCGUACCCUGGGCAGCCAGACGGGCUCGGGACACCUGAUCGGGCGUCACAUUGCUGUUGAGCAGAUAACGCACGGCGUUGUCGAGAUGGCCCUAGCCGCGUCGCGCGGCGGUGAGGAGCACAGUUCCCUUGCCCUUUGGAGAGACGGAUAUGGAGGCGAGGCGACCUAUAAGCCACGAGAAGAGAAGAUCGCAGUAGUAGUCUCGUGGUGGGUGGAGGAAAACGUCCCAGUGGAGGCGAUGCGAACGUCCAAGUACAGUCGCGAUCGCCACAUCAGCACGAUCUUUCCGUGGCUUGUCUAGCCUGGCCCCCUCGCCGUCACCCUCUUCCAGACACUCGGCAACGAUGGGAAGGAAUUUGUAGGCAGGGCAAAGAAGACCCUUUCCGGGAUACAUGGAUUCCAGCUCGUUGGAGAAGAGCGUUAGGUCGAUGUAAGUUGGCGGAUGACUCGGAAGGAGAGCACCAGAACCAGUCGAAGAGGAAUGAGACGUGACAUGGAAGGGUGGAGACGGAGAACGCGCAGGAGAGGAGAAGUCGCCACCGAGAGUCAAGGAGAGUGCAGACUCGGCGGGAAGCGUGCCAGGUGGUGUAAGCUAGGAAGCUUGGAGGAAAAGGACUCGGCUUGGAGGAUUGGGGUGCACGAGCGUGCACGACAGCUGCAAUGACGACCCCACGUCAGAGCGCAGAUACCAUAUACAUCGAUGAACCCGAUGAGCGAGACACAGAGUAGUUCGAACUUCUUGUCCGAUGUGGGUGCCGGUACUAUUUGUAUAUGAGUACACAGGCAGUAGGACGGACCACGGCU